GGGGUAAGUUAAGUUGGGAUCCGAAAUCCGAGCCAUGGAGCUGACGCACUCCAACCCCCAGCUGGUGCCCCCCGAAACCUCCCUCGGCGCAGUGAGCGGCACGCCGCUGCAUCGCUUUUUGCGCGGCUUUCAAGAAGGCGUGUUCCAAGAGGAGGUGGCCCAAUUUGUACAGGACCACGCUCAUCACUUCGCCGUGCUGUGCGUGGAUGGUUCUUAUCCCUUGGUGUGGACGGAGCUACACAACCAGUACAAGGAGUUGUUCGACCAGCAGUUCGAAGCGAUCCUUUGGUUUCAAGACAGCAGCCCGGAGCAGUUCCACGAGAGCUGCCGCAGCCUGCUGGCAGCCUGUGAAAACCUUCCCGAGGAUGCAGAGCUGGACGUGUCAGACUGCCGAGGAGCUGGCGUCACGGUGGCGGCGUUCCGUAGCUUCCUGUGUGCACUGACCGCCUCGGAGGACUUCGACAGGUUCCUGCAGGUGAUGUUCGCCGCUUGCUGCGGCACCUUGAGACCCACCCUGGCGCUGCCCAAAGACCAACCUUCAGCUCGAGUGGUGGAGCUGGCGGUGCCCCCAGGCCUGGGUCCAGGGGACCUGGUCCGGGCGCAGUUCCUGGGCCAAGCCCUGGAGCUCCGAGUACCCCAGGGCUGCGAGGCAGGAAUGAGCUUCACCGCGACCAUCGACUUGUGAGAGUCGGGAUGAGUCGGGGUUUCUUCUGAGCGCGAGCGGGAGAAUGACCA